UUUAGACAGACCCUUAUAUAUUCUCCCUCUAAACCUCUCUGUCCAAGCAGCAGAAAUUUCUUCUCUCCUUUCCUUUUUCUUCUCUCCGUUGUUAAGAUGAUGGGGAAAAUUGCUGUUUUGUUCGGAUUUAUCUGCAUUGUCAUCGCCGGAGUUGGUGGUCAAGCACCACCGACACCUACUAACACCCCAGCACCCCCAACACCCAACACCCAAGCUCCUCCAACACCCACCACCCAAGCACCACCAACACCCACCACUCAAGCUCCUCCAACACCCACUGCCCAAGCACCACCAACACCCACCACCCAAGCUCCUCCAACGCCCACUAACCAAGCGCCACCAACACCAACUAAUACACCAGCACCACCAACACCCACUAAUGCCCCAGCACCUCCAACACCUACUACUACCCCAGCUCCUCCUACACCUACUGGUUCUCCUCCUCCAGUUAACACACAAACGCCGCCAGCUCAGCCACCGCCAACUGCUUCACCACCUCCCACAGUUUCAUCCCCACCUCCUACUGUAACUUCACCUCCUCCAGCUGUACAAUCUACACCUCCACCAGCACCAGCUACUCCUCCUCCACCUGCAGUGAGUUCUCCACCACCUCCAGCUACCCCUCCUCCGCCUGCAGCUCCUUCACCAGCACCUCUUGCUUCAUCCCCGGCUCCUGCUCCUGCAAAGAAGUUAACAUCUCCGGCACCAUCUCCUUCCGCAUUGAGUCCUCCCUUACCUCCCACUGGUGCUCCAGCUCUAGCUCCCAGUCUUGGAGCUUUAUCUCCUGCUCCUUCAGCCACUGAUCAGAGUGGAGUGGAAGGCCUGAAGUUGUCAACACCAAUUGUUAAAAGUUUAGUCUUAGGAUGGGGUCUACUGUGCUUUCUAAUGUAGAACUCUUUUUUAAAUCCUGCAUGAUCAUUUGCUUUUGUCUCUAUAUAUAUGAAUUGCCAUCUCUUUAUUUAGGAGGAUUAUGAUGGCUCAUUUCCUUACCUGUACUUUGGAUUAUACAUUCACUUGGUUUUUUUUUCGGAUGUUGUUGUUAAGAGGAGCUAUAUUAUAUUUUGAGAGGAUUGUUUAUGAAUUGAUCACUUCUAUGUU